GAUUCCCAAUCUCGCCGUGCGAGACAUGAGCGAGAAUAACGUGCUGGCGGGGAAGUUUGUAGUUUUACUUUCUGUGCGUCAACUUUAUUAAGGUUGAUUUAAGCACAAUGACGACCUCGUGUUCCAACUAUAUGAGUAUUGAUGAUAUCAUAAGCACAAAUGAACGCAUACCAUGUAAAUUUCAAGUGCAGGUCCAACGAUUAGGUUUUUUAGAUUCAUCGAGUGACACCGAUCACAUUCAACCAAACACAAAGCUGGAGCUACCAUUCUGGCUUGCCACCGCACUAUGUAACAGACGACGUCAUAUUGUGGCUGUUGACAUGCCUAAACAAUAUAAAGAGGGUUACAGGGAGAUUCUCACUGCAGAUGCCAAUGUCGUUGAUCUUCACAAACUUGGUCCAUAUUACUAUACUUUUGGUUCACAUUUAUUGUGUUUCGAGCUUCCUGAAACGCCUGACAUUGCCAAGUCGCUGUUACAGACAUUCCAGUCAAGAUUAAGAAAGAUCAUGGAUGCCUCCCAAAAUGCAUAUUAUGAGGAUACAACAAAUUUGACUGCAAAAUUAGAUGAGAUGGAAAGGGACCUUUUUAAAUGUGGCCAACAAGGACUCAGAGAUUUUCAACGAUGGGAAACAAGAGCCUCAGAACAAUUGAAAACGUCUGAAAUGGUUAUUAACCACAGGAAAAGAAAGAGAGCUGUCAUGGAGGAGACUUCCUAGUUUGAUGACCUUGAUGUUAUGGCUGGGUUUACAGUUACCAACUCCACAUAUUCUACACUUUUUUAGAACAGACUCGCAAUGUUUACAGGUGUUAUUAUAUCGUUUAUAAGACAUUAGGCAAUAGAUCUAUUCAUCCUGGGUACUUAAAUUUUUGCAACUGGGAUUCAGACAUUUUCUUGUCUCAUAUCAUUAGUUAUUCAGAUAUGUUGUGUUGUAACGGUGUAUUUGGCAACAUCGGCACAAGUUAUAUGAUUAAUAUUGACUUGCAUGAAGUCUAAAGCGGGUCAAUAUAAUUACUGAAAUUACACAGAUAAUGCUAAGAGAAAGUACAGCAAGCCUUAAUUACAUUGUAACAUUAUUAAGUUAAAGCAGGUCUUUGACAGACGUUUUAGAAUGCACUGCCAUUUGAAAUUUAUUUUUGAAUGAUGACUUUACUUGUGUUAUCAAGGAUUUGGGCUGCCAAAGCUUUGAUUGAAUUCAUUAAAACAGUUCUAGGGAACUGUAAUUUCCUGUCAAAUGAUUUGAAUUAUGCCAGUUUACAAAUAAUUAUUAAUUGAACUCUCUGCCAGCUGAACACAUAUUGCAUUAAUAACUAAAUUGGUUAAUACAGUGACUUUGUGCAAUUAAAUUCAAAAUAAAAUGACAUUUUCAUUGCAUCAAAUACAAUUUUAUUUUACUAACUCUCUCCUAAUUGCCAUCUUGUGCCAUGGUUUGAGCUUUAGAUUGAAUUGUGAACCUGAAAAGUCUCUUUAAGAUUCAUAUUCAUACAAUGUUU